UAUGAUUCACAACGCCAGCACCGUCCGCAGCGCCCUCACGCGUCGCUCCAGUAAUCACCGGUUUGACAUUGUAGUGAUGACGAUCACUCAAGAUAAAUAAAUUCGCCUAAUUUUAUCGUCCCGCGCCUUGCAACCGUUCUAAUUCCCGACUUCGGCCACCUCGCGAAAAAGUGCCUUAUUUUCCAUGCGUGUAGUGUUCGGUGCACGACUGUCACUUUAUAGGUUAUCCAAGUGUCAGCAGAGUUCAAGAGCCUCCCACUUAAUGCCACCAGCUGACAUUUCCCAGUGAAUCCUCAAUAAUGGCCCUGUUCAAAGUGCAAGCGCUCUACGACUUCGAGGGCGAGUCCAACUCGGCCGAGCUGUCCAUCGUGGCAGGCGAGGUGCUCUCGGUGACUCGGGUGGACAUCGGAGAGGGCUGGUGGGAGGGGCUGAACAGCCGGGGGCAGUCGGGGCUGUUCCCGGAGGCGUACGUGCAGAAGGUGGAGGACUCGGGGCCCCCGAGUGUGCCGCCGCCGGCGCUGCCGCCCCAGAGCGACUGGGGCGCCGGGCAGCAGGACGACGAUUGGGACGACGAGUGGGACAAUGAUGACACAUACAGUGAAGUUACUAAUAACACCCAAAGGGAGGCGUAUGCCCACGAGCCCAACCAGAACCAGUAUAGUUAUGGAAGUGGACAGGUUGAUAACGUUUCGGAAAGUAAUUUUAGUGUGGAUAAUAAGGCCCAGCACAAGAAGAGUUUGAAUAUUUUCUCGUCGUAUGUGAAGAGUGGCUUGGAAAGUUAUAUUUUCGGCACUCUAAAGGAUAUCCCGCUCCACACAAAAGUUCGAAUAUUUCGAGAGAACGACAACGUCUUUCGAUGGGAACUGAUCUCGGAACCGUACACAGUACAAGUCACCUCUCCCAAAAAGGCGUCGAAAAUGGGCGGUCUCAAAUCCUUCAUCGCAUACCAAUUAACCCCAUCCUUCACCGGCAUCGAGGUGUCCCGCCGCUACAAGCACUUCGACUGGCUGCACAACAGGCUCUCGGAGAAGUUCAACAUCGUCGCCCUCCCGCCGCUGCCCGACAAGCAGAUCUCGGGCCGGUACGAGGAGCACUUCAUCGAGCACCGCCGGGUGCAGCUGCAGGAGUUCGUCAAUUACGUGUGCCGGCACCCGGUGCUGUCCACCUGCGAUGUGUGGCGGCACUUCCUCACGUGCACCAACGACAAGCAGUGGAAGGAGGGCAAGCGGAAAGCGGAGCGGGACCAGCUGGUGGGGGCCAAUUUCUGUCUGUGCGUGGAGGCGCCGGAUAAGGACUUGCUGGCGUCGACGAUCGAGAGCAAAAUCGACAGCAGCAUAUCGUAUAUUAACCAGGUGGAUCAGUGCAUGAAGGCGCUGAUGCAGACGGCGACGGACCAGCAGAAGAAGUGCGAGAAUUUGUACAAGAGGGAGCACACGAAGAUCGGGGAGAGCUUCUUCUCGCUGGGGGUGGCGUUCGAGAGCCGGGAGGGCGGAUUGUUCUCGGAUUUGGCGACAGACAUAAAAAAAAUCGGCACAACGUAUAUCGAGAUCGCCAAACUGUGCGAAGACCAAGCCAAAAUCGACUGGCAACCCCUGACCGACAAGCUCUACCUCUACAGAGGGAUCACCAGUUCCUACCCCGAUAUUUUCUCUAUGCAAAAGCACGCGGAACAAAAGAAGAAGGAGUGCGAGAGGAACUCGCAGAUACCUCUCGUCCAAAUCACCGAGGUGCGGAAAAGGACGGACGUGUUGACUUACUCCGUGUUUGCGGAGCUCGAUCACUUCCAGAACGAGAUGAAUACCGAGUUUAAGUCGGCGAUGAAGAGCUUCUUGCAAGAACAAGUCAAUUAUUAUCAGAACAUAGUGAGUAGGUUAGAGGACACCUUGAGGAGAUUUGAGUAGUUGGUUCUUGCCUUUGUUGGAAGACUUUAUCAUGUUUAUUUCCAAGCCAAAAUAAUUGUGAUUUACUUUUUUUAAUUAUGAAAUUUUAUUUACCACUAUUGUUUACAAUAUGCGCUGUGUAUAUGAAAAUUCCAACUUUACAUUAAUUUUAUUUAAACAAAUCUGCAUAUUUUGUAUAUGAUGUGAAAUGAACUGUAUAUUUCUAUAUUUUGUUAAGUAAGGAGUAAGAAGUAAAUGUGCUUAUACACGAA